AUGACUCAUGAAUAUGUUAUUUGUUUAUUAGAUAAACUAUUAAAUCAAUUUGAAGAACGUUAUAGGUAUAAUAUUCAAUUAUUUCAACGUUAUAAUCGUCAAUUAACAUAUGAAUAUCUUGAACAAAAUCAAGAAUUUGUUUGGUAUGCCCAUAAUGGUUAUGAUUCAGGACGGUUUCAUGAUAUGAGUAUAGAUUCAAAUCUAAUGAUUAUUUGGAUUAAAUGUCAAAAAACGAACAUGUGCAUAUCAUUGUAA